UCUCUCUCUCUCCGAUUUCAGGCCUCUCCAGUGUCUCAGCCUGACAAUCUCCCGGAGAAUUUUAUAAUUGGUGGAAGUCCUACACCAGAAGGCAUAACAUUUGCGGCUUUUGUUGUGAGCUUUCUUCCAGGACAACCUAAUCAUGGCUACAUCUUCACAGGUAGCCUCAUCACCUACCAACACAUCCUAACCGUAGCCCAAGGAAUUUAUGGCUACACAAACUGGCAAGUAGGAUUGGGCAGUGUCCAUCGAGAGGAAAUGCAGUACUUUGUACCAUCCCAAGCAAUCGUACACAGUGACUACAAUCCACUAAACCUCCAACACAACUUGGGAAUUCUAAUCCUACCCCACUUAAUUCCACCGUUCUUAGUCAAUCCAAUUCAAUUGCCUCCACCAUUCCUUCAACCCUCUCCAAUGUUCCGUUACUAUGGCUUUGGCAUCACUGACUACGUCGACAUGAAUUCUGUCCCAAAUACUCUCAAACACGGUUUUACCAGUGAAAUUCCCAUCCAGAACUGUUCGUCAAUCUUUGGCGGACAACUCAUCACGGAAAAUUCAUGGUGUGCCCAGCAAUUCACCAGUGGACUCUGUCACGGGGAUCAGGGUGGACCCUUAGUGCACUUCUUCGAGAACUAUCUGAUUGCAGUGGCUAGUUUCUGGAUGGUACCCUGCCAUGGGGGCUACCCAGAUGUCUUUGUGCGUAUUGAGCCAUAUAUCGGCUGGAUAAAUAAUAUAACUAUGUCCGAUAAUUAGCUUCCAAAAAACAACUAUUGCAAUGAUUUUAUCAAUUCAAUAAAAUUGAUUCACGAAGGA